CGCAAAACAACCCUGUGCAAUACUCUGUAAUCGUAUAUUUCGAUAUUUGCUUUCAGAGGUACUUGCACUUCCAACACACCAUGGACACGGAGCCGAAGAAGAAGAAGCGCCGAUGCGUCUCCAAGGCCGAGCGCUUGGCCAAGCGCAUGCAAGCAGUCUCACUGCAGGAAGACGAGAAGUUGGCGCAGGUCGAGGCGCUCUGCGCGACCGACUCGAGCCAAGACUGGGACGCCGCCCAUCGGCUGGCCACGUCGCCGACGACGCGCGCGGCCUUCCUCGCGAUCUUGCUCCAGAAGCACCAAGCCAAGGCUGCCGCACACUACACACGCCGGUGGGAUCCGCCAGAGGAUCUCUCGCGGCUGCUGGAGAACGAUCGUGUCCUGGCGGCGUUGCACGCCCAUGCCGCGACGGCCGCGACCUUUCUGAGCGCGUGGCGCGAUGCGCCGGUUCCGCCCGCAGCGCUGCGCACGCUUCUCCUCGACUUUGUGCUGCCAUGGAUCGAGCGCAAGGAAGACGCGCCACUGCAGAUCCUACUGCACCAGUUUGCCGCGCUCAAGUGGCGCCUCCUGGACCACGCGCUCGUGACCACGCAGGGCCAGCACCUCGUCAACCAGUUCGCUCACGUCGUACGCAGCCUCUACGACGAGCCCGAGAUCGCGCGACCACUGACUCCGUGGCUCGAGACAGUCUCGGCUCCGAUCGACGUCCAUCCUCGCGAAUAUGUGCGCAAGCAGGUGGAAGAUGUCUUGCAGCGCGUCUGGCCCGACGCGCGCGUCCACCUCUUUGGUUCGUCCGUCACUGGCCUCUGCGCGCCCGACAGCGACGUAGACCUCUGCGUUCUCGUGCCAUCGGCGCCCGGGCGCUUUGCCGACUCGGUUGCUCUCGCCGUCGAUAUGCACGAGCACCUCUCGCUCUACCUGCCAUCACCGCACUCAAUGGUCGUCAAGAACGCGCGCAUCCCCGUCAUCAAGAUGCACUUGCAUGGUCUCGAUGUGGACAUUUGUAUCAACAACACGGCCGCGCUCUGGAACUCGCAGCUGCUCGUGGCCCUCUUCAUCGCGUACCCUGCCCUGCGCCCGCUCUGUGUGUGUCUUCGGUCGUGGGCCGCGCGCCGGUCGCUGCUCAAGUCGUCAACGUGCUCGCAUUCGCUCUCGCCGUACGCCUUUGUCUUGCUCAUCGUGUACUGGCUCCAAGUGCGCGGGUACCUUCCGUUCGUUGAUGUGUCCUUCGACGACAGUCUGUCGGUUCCCAUCGCACGUAUCGAUGACGCGAUCGCGUCCGCGCUGGACGAAGCGCUGCCGCCAUCCAAGACGCUCGCGACGACAGCAGUGCCGUCGCUGCUCGUCAACUUUUUCGUCUUUUACGCGGCCGACUUUGCCAACAACACGGACAUUGCGUCCCUCCGGCGCUGCGCUUUGCACAAGCCCAAGCCCAAUGGCACGCUCCAUCUCGAGGACCCGAUUGAAGUCGACCGCAACUUGGGCACGUACCUCAACAAGCUCUCGCAGCGCACGCUGCGCCUCGAGUUUGUGCGCGCGUGCGUCUUGGUGCACCAGGCGUUGCAUCCCGAGACAAAUGUCGCGCGCGAGGCGGUCGGAAGCCUCUACUUUGGACGCGAUGCGAGCCUUCCAGUGCCGACGCGGUCGGUUCUCGACGUCUUGAUGCGACCGCGCGCAUCGCAUCACUUUGGCUGGAGCAUGGCCGGAGAUAUGAUUGCGUCCGAAGCGUUCACAACGGUUGUCGUCACGGCGCUCGACGCGUUUCCAAGUCUGGCCGGCGUCGAUGUCGUCGGCGUCGACUGCGAAGGCGCCAACCUCGGCCGGUCCGGGUCGCUCACCCUCGUCUCGCUUGCGAUCGGGCCGAUCGUGUACCUCGUGGACGUACUCACCAACCCAUUACUUCUUGGCCCUCUCAAGCUUUUGCUCGAGAGCCGAUCGAUCGUCAAGGUCCUGCAUGACUGCCGGAAAGACAGUGACGCGCUGCUUCACACGGCAGGUAUUUCGCUUACCCACGUCUUCGACACGCAGGUCGCCCAUGCAGUGCUGCACCAGCUGCGCAAGCCCGCGGCCAAGGACGAUGGCCGCCAUCUCGUGGGACCAAGCGCCAGUGUCAUUGCGCUCGACAAUGCCAACCACGAAUGCGUCGCGUACGCGGAUGUGUUGAGCCACUAUUUGUCACUGCCGCCGUCGCGCGUCAAGGCCAGCGUGAAGGAAGCCAUGACGAGUGACGACGCGACGUGGACGCGCCGGCCUCUCUCCGCCGACCUCCUCGAGUAUGCCGCGAUGGAUGUUGCCUAUCUGAGCGUCUUGCACCGCCUCAUGACCCAUGCGCUUGGCCCGCACAUGGGCUUGUGUGACGCGCGUGCGGCUGCGUAUCUCGGCUGCCGCGACUGGAGCUUUGCACCAACGCGACUGGUUGGCGCCUCUGUGCCUGGGUUCAUUCACAACAUUACGUCCAAGUAUGUGUACGUGACACUGUCGCCGUCCACGGUCGGGCUUCUCUCGACGACCGACGCGGUCAAGGCACCGGUCAGCGACGACAUGCAAAAGCUGGCGGUGGGCGACGCGAUCACUGUCGAGGUCGGCCACGACCGCAGCGUCAAGUGGAUCUAAGACCGCCAAACUUCUUUGAUCGUAAUCGUAGUACGGUUGUGCAUUAGGUCGAGGCUUUGGACGAUGCGUCGCCGUCGUUAAAUAUUUCGUGGAGUGCGCACCGG